AUGAACGCGGAGCAAGCCUUCACUGGAGAAGCGUCAAGCAGUCACCAACAAAAGAGGCAACGUAGACUUCCCUCCACUUUUGAAGAAAAAGUAGGCGAGAAUGGUAGAGGAACGGAGGCACGAUCUGGGACUAUGUUUGAUUUGGGUCUUCUCGACUGUCCCGUCUGCUGCCAUGCACUGACAAACCCUAUCUUUCAGUGUGACAAUGGACACAUAGCUUGUUCUUCUUGCUGUCUUAAACUGAGGAGAAAUGUCCUGCCUGCGCUUUACCCAUAG